UAUUGCAGCAAUGGGCAUCUUGUUAAGACUCACGGCAGUGUUGCUGUUGAUGUCUCUGAUGUGCUCUGCCAUGACCCAGAUGUCAGAAACGGAGUCAUGUGGACCAGAGUUGGCAGCUCUCAAGCGCAACAUAAAGAAGCUGGAAAACAAACUUGUGAUCGGAGCUUGGCGUGUUGAAUACUUGACGAGGCACAAGUAUUCCCGGCCAUUCCAAUCUACUCUGUCUAAUGAGGAUCAAAACCCACAAAUGGACAAUGGGACAUCAGACAGCUCAAAUGUGACACACAUGAAUUCACUUCCACCAGCAGGAAGUUUAAUGGUCCAUGACAAAGACUGUUCUGAGCUGUUUGACAGACUUAGAUGUCCAAGUGGUUUUUAUCGGAUCAGACCCAACUUACACCAGGAGCCAUUUUUGGUUUACUGUGACAUGGAGGAUGGAGGUGGAUGGACAGUAUUCCAGAAGCGUCGUCAUGGAAGGGUGGACUUUAACAGAGACUGGGUGGACUACAGAGAUGGCUUUGGUGACUUCAAACUGUGGAAUGAUGAGUUUUGGUUGGGAAAUGAGCACAUGCAUUCUCUGCUUUCUGAAGGUAAAAACCUGGUGAAGAUCGAUCUAAUGGACUGGGAUGGACAGAGAAGUCACGCCUUUUAUGAAAACUUCAGGAUCACCGAUGAAUCUGACAAGUAUCGUCUCCAGUACGGCAUGUACAGUGGGAGAGCAGGAGACGCACUGACCGGCGGAGGGGGGAUGGUGGAGCAGUGGUCAUCUUGUCUCAGUGGCAUGCAGUUUAGCACCAGAGAUCAGGACAAUGACCGCUACAUUCAGGGCAGCUGUGCCCAGGAGAAUAAGGCAGGCUGGUGGUUUAACAGAUGUCAUGCAGCCAACCUAAAUGGGAAGUUCUACCGCAAUGGGAUUUAUACAGGCCAGUCUGAUAAUGGUGUGGUGUGGGGGACCUGGAAGGGGCUGUGGUAUUCCCUGAGACACACAACCAUGAAGGUGCGGCCGCUGGUUUUCUUGGACGCCAUGGGCAGUGGAGCUGGAGAAAUGUAACAAAGCCAGACCUCUUGUUGAU